CUUUGGUGCUGAGCGUGAGCAGCUCGAUGAAGGAGCCGAAGAGCGUGUCCAGCCAGCUCUGGUUGGCCAUGCACUGCUGCACCACUUCCUCCUGGCCCGGGUCCUCGGCCGCCUGUUCGAUUGUGUUGGUCUGCGAAAGAUGUGCACUUAACCGCAAACGCUCGAAGGAACGCACACUCCCGGCACACCGCAGCUGUUCUGUCAUCAUGCCAGGCUCUGACGAAGCCGCGCCGGCGCCGUGCCAGGUCAUCAAAGCGGAGGCUGGCAACUGUAUCAGAGAGAAAGGAGCGGCGGAGUGCAAAGACCUCGUGGACGCCUUCCAUGCCUGCGCAAAGACCCUAUCUGAAGGAUCGUGACACAUGGAGAUGUGCAACACCUCAGCGUCCCCAUCUUGACGCCUUCCCAUUGGCUGCCUGCGUGGGCCGCCGAUGACCCGGAUGAAGGGAGGAGGGAGGGGCGGGGCGGAGGCGGCGAGUCGGGAGGAUGGAGAAGGACCCGGAUGCUGAUGCGAGCGAUGCGAAGGAAGAGGAGAGAGCGAGAGCGAAGGGGGGGAAAAAUUAUCGAUUUACGGCAAGAAAACCGAAGGGAGUGUAAUAUAACGAGGCCUGUAAACCCUGCGCCAGUUAGAACCGAGAACUAAAGAGCGAACCUGGGAAGACAGCGCGAAAACAGGGGAUACUUGGGGAUGUAGAACCGAGCGCUGGGCAAAGGGAGGACAGGACAGGACAGAGGAGACGACGCCGUAAUGCUUGUUUCGACGCCGGCCGCGCUCUCCGUCCGGCCGUUGGCAGAAUGAGGCGUCUGCCGGGGCAGUGUUACCAGCGUUUCUCGGUGGCGAACGACUCGAGGCGGUGUCGAUUAUUUUGACAGGACGGCCGCUGGCGUCAAGGCGCCGAGGCUAAAGCUAAAAAGCUAGCCUCGCUGCUGUGUGGGAGAGUGGCGGCGAGGCUACACUUAGCAUGUCGUUGCACCUGUCAUUAAAGGGGGAAAAAUAGGCCUGACAGGGAGAGAAAUAACAUUAAAAUUCACAUCAUAUAUUCAACGCUUUUAGCGGCCCGACCUUCACUGGAAUUUUUUUUAAACCACUUGUCUUUGAUUAGCCGCCAUAUAGAUAUAGGAAAUGUGUAACAAAUUGCUAGUUAUGAAAAUAACUCAUGUUCUGUGCUAGAAUUCGCUAGUUUGCCAUGUUUAAUGCUUUUAUCCAGCACCAGUGCGAUAGUUCAUAGAUUUAAGUAUUCAAGUUUAAAUGGAGGGUUUGAGCGACAAACCUCCUCCCUAUUUGCCGAGUAUCUUCAGAUGUGAGCGCUGUGUAUGCCACGAUAAUAUCUGGAUAAGCUGUAGAAAAUUGCAGUAACUGCAAUAAUCUCACAACGUGUAGUCUGAUUUCAUUCAAGCAAGAGCAGUAUGAGUAAGGAACUGUCUUUGAGUCAGUCCGCUCAAUAUGUCGGGCCCUACCGGCUGGAAAAAACCCUGGGAAAAGGACAGACAGGGCUGGUUAAGCUUGGCAUCCACUGCAUCACCGGUCAGAAGGUCGCCAUCAAAAUUGUCAACAGGGAGAAGUUGUCUGAGUCAGUUUUGAUGAAGGUUGAGAGGGAGAUUGCCAUCUUGAAACUCAUCGAGCAUCCACACGUGUUGAAGCUGCACGAUGUUUACGAGAAUAACAAGUACUUGUACCUGGUCUUGGAGCAUGUGUCAGGAGGCGAGCUCUUUGACUACCUGGUUAAGAAAGGCCGUCUGACUCCCAAAGAAGCCAGAAAGUUCUUCAGGCAGAUCAUUUCUGCGUUGGACUUCUGCCACAGUCACUCCAUCUGCCACAGAGACUUGAAGCCUGAAAACCUGCUACUGGAUGAGAAAAACAACAUCCGUAUCGCUGACUUUGGUAUGGCGUCACUCCAGGUGGGCGACAGCCUGUUAGAGACCAGCUGCGGAUCACCACAUUACGCGUGCCCUGAAGUCAUACGCGGGGAGAAGUAUGAUGGAAGGAGAGCAGAUGUAUGGAGCUGUGGAGUCAUUCUUUUUGCUCUGCUGGUGGGCGCCCUGCCGUUCGACCACGACAAUUUACGCCAGCUCCUGGAGAAAGUGAAGAGUGGUGUGUUUCACAUGCCACACUUCAUCCCUCCGGACUGCCAGUCCUUGCUCAAGGGCAUGAUUGAGGUCAACCCUGAAAAACGUCUCACGCUGGACACGAUUCAGAAACACGCCUGGUAUCUGGGUGGCCGUAAUGAGCCUUGUCCUGAGCAGCCUCCUCCCAGAAGAGUGUGUGUGAGGCGAAUCUUAUCCCUGACCGAGCUGGACCCAGAUGUGUUGGACAGCAUGCACUCACUGGGCUGUUUCAGAGACCGCGUCAAACUCACACGUGAUUUGCAAUGUGAAGAAGAAAACCAGGAGAAGAUGAUUUAUUACCUGCUGCUGGACAGGAAAGAGCGGUACCCCAGCUACGAGGAUGAGGACUUGCCUCAACGCAAUGACGCCGAUCCUCCGCGAAAGCGGGUGGAUUCGCCCAUGCUGACGCGCCACGGUCGUUGCCGUCCGGAGAGAAAAAGUCUGGAGGUGCUAAGUGUCACAGAACAGGGCUCUCCCACGCCUCCUCGCCGGGCUCUGGACGCUGCACACAGCCAGAGGUCUCGCUCGGUGAGCGGAGCGUCCACUGGUCUCUCCUCCAGCCCCCUCAGUAGUCCCAGGUCCUAUCAAAGCCCUAUUUUCACUUUCAGCCAGGCAGACGUCACCUCUGCCGCCGCUAGCCCCCAAACAAAGGAGCCCAAACAGGGAAGCGCCACGACGCCCCGCUCGGCACGGGCUCACGACAAGCCCAAAGCUCCCUCCCAUCCAAAGACCCAGACCCUGCCCACCAAGGGACCCGCUGAACGGCUUCACCUCCAGCCCAUCAAAUCCCUGCCUCUUCACCACCCAUCCUCGCGCUCACCCUCUCCUUCUCCGCUGCUCUCACCCAUUCCCCGUUUCUUCUUCCCGUCGUCAUCUGUCCUAAAGUCCGUGACUAAGAGCUUGUACCCAAACUCUGCCCACUCUGUGCCGCAGGUCACUCCCCAGGGCUCUCCGUUACCCACGCCCUUGGGCACCCCUGUCCACCACCCUCACCACCCCUCCUCCACCCCGCCCUCCUCCUCUUCGUCCUCAUCCUCCUCAAGGGCAGAGGGAGGGGGCGGGGUGGGCUCUCUCUCCCUCACGCCGCCUUCCAGCCCGGGAGGGGGAAGCGGGAUCGCGGCCAGCAGCUCUGCACACUGGAGGACUCGCCUCAAUUCUUUUAAGAACAACUUAUUGGGCUCGCCGCGGUUCCAUCGCCGCAAAUUGCAAGUUCCGACAUCAGAGGACAUGUCAAGUUUAACACCAGAAUCCAGCCCUGAGUUAGCGAAGAAGUCCUGGUUUGGGAACUUCAUCGGUCUGGAGAAAGAGGAGCAGAUCUUUGUGGUCAUCAGAGACAAACCUUUGAGUUCUGUCAAAGCUGACAUCGUCCACGCUUUUCUGUCUAUCCCAUCGCUCAGUCACAGCGUCAUCUCCCAGACAAGCUUCAGGGCCGAAUACAAGUCCUCCGGCGGCCCUUCCGUCUUCCAGAAGCCCGUCAAGUUCCAGGUGGAUAUUGCCUUCUCCGAGGGCGAGAGGGAGCGGGACAGGGAGAGGACCGAGAGGGAGGCAAGGAGGGAGACGGGAAUCUACAGCGUGACGUUCACCCUCAUAUCAGGUCCGAGUCGCAGGUUCAGACGAGUGGUGGAAACGAUUCAAGCCCAGCUUCUCAGCUCCCAUGAUCAACCCCUGGUUCAAGCCCUAUCUGAUCCCUUCCCAGACGAGAAGAACGGCCGACCCCACCGGACCCCCACCCGCCAAAAUUCGAGGCGCUCAGAGGGUGGGGGCGACAGGUGCGAGUGGGGCGACCGAGCAGAUGGCGGAGGCAUCGGAGGCAGCGGGGGAGUUCUGCAGCGCAGAGGCUCGGCAAAGGAGAGAACCCGGCUGCUUUCUACCAACGGAACCCAAUCGCAACCGUAGGUCAGAACGGGAAAGCGCGCCGCAGGAUGCCUGACCGACGUUCACGCUCUUCGGUGUCAUCUUCAAGCAUCCCUGCAAGCCACGAGGCUCCUCUGGUUCUUCCCCGACUGAGUGAGAGGUGCUCCGAUAUUAGCAAGAAUUGAGCCUCCCCCAUCACGCUUUUGUUUUUAACGACGGUCUUGAUCCUUUGGAUGAUCCAGAUUCUAAGUUCCACCCCUUCAAAAUGAGAAUGACGGAAUCGCCCUUUCAAGAAAAUAUAACGCGCGAAUAAGUCGAUCGGCAUCCGCUUCUCAAAUCCAAACUAGGAAUUUUAAAGUGCUAAUGUGCAUGCCAGUUAGCAAAAUCAGCCCGCUAAAAACGAUGCUGACAAGACCCCGUUAGCUAGUCUACCGUAAGCAUUGUACUACAGCGUCUGAUACCAAAAAAAAAAAAAAAAAAAUUGGGUGCGUUGGGGCGGCUCACGAGAUUACACCUAAAAAUUAACCAUGUCACUGUCAGGUGACAGUCCAGUACUAAUUCACACUGAAAGACGUCACGUAUGUCAGCGGCAGAUGAAACCUGAAGCGUCCUGAUCUUCUCAGGAAGGCAGCGGCCUACCCUGACUCAAAGAAAACCAACAAAGUAAGCUACGAAAGUGAAUGUGAAAACAUAUUUUUUUCAUUUUGUUGUUAUUUAUUUUCCUUUGAGGAUGUGCAGCGGUAACGGCAACAACAGCUCACACAUCAGUGCUGGAAAGACAAAGCUGCAUCUUUAUUUUCCUUUUUUUUCCCUUGAUUUUAUUUACCUUCAGAGACAAGAUGAACUCAUGCAUUUGGACUUCUGUUACUCUGGGGAUUUUUUUUUUUUUUUUUUAAAUUUCAGCAGAAAUGUGAACAUUACUCAAUGGAGAGUCGUGUAUGUGUGACUUACGUCCAUGAACCUCAUCACAGCUGUUUGUCCCGCAUUGAAAGAGAACGACUUCCCCCCCCACCGGGCUGGACAGCUCCAGACUGAAGCCUCCUUUUUCCCGUCGAGCUUUUCCUCCUUCCCGUCGCCGGCGCGUUCAGACACGACGGACGCAUAAACGGAUGUUUCACGCUCACUACGACACAUCUCUGGUCGACCUUGACUUUUCAAAGGAGCAGUAAGCAAUGCGUCAUCCCAUCCUGCCCCAUCACACAGUCAUGUAGUAUUUACUCAAAUACUCGAAUAAACUAGCUGAUGGUCAUCACCAGUCUUCCAUACAGCACAAUAUGCAACACAUGCGCAGGAUGUUGUACUAAUGUAUCUUUUCGUUUUACACGUGUAUUCCAUUAUACAGCCAUUUGUUCCCUUUAUUUAACUUAUUUGCAUCGUAUUCGUUUUCCAUCACUUGGGUUUUAGCACUUUUCAAAUGGGAGCAACCGUGAUAGCAGUACAGAGCGAUUUUUGUUUUAUCUGAUAUGUAAUUCGCCACGCUUAUCGCCGCCGGUGUGCGUGGGAGAUCGCCGGGUGACGGCUCACCAACAAUGAGCCGAUUGAACUUUUAGGAGAAGCUACGUUAGAGCCUGUGUGACAGAUCCGCAGGAACGCAACCGACCCCCUAACAGGCAUGUCAUUCCCCCCCCCCCGCUCACGCUUGCCAGUUUGCUCCAUCGCUUGCUUUUUUUUUUUUGACUCGUUUGUCCGCCCCUCACACGUUUCCGUCGUCCUCAUCGGCGCACGAGAAGGCGCCGUUCGCCUCGCUGUGCACUCACUUUUCGAUUCAUCUUUCUCCUCUUAACGCGCCACGUUCACUGUCACCGACCCAACCGUGGCCAAGAUUGUAAACUAUCCUCCAUCCAUAAGGGUCAGCAAAAUAAGGUGUUUAAAGAAGAAAUGUCUGUACAAUAAUUUAAAUAUAAAAAAGUGCACUAUUAUAACUAUUGCCUGUGAUUUAAAAAAACAAAACAAUUAUGAUUGAACUGAUGGUCAAAAUAAAGAGAGAUCCACCUUAUUGUUAUGGUUCCAAUAAUAAACCCUAAAUCUGUGUGUGCGGCU